ACUACGGCUUUUGAUCAGUAAGUCCUUAUCGAUCUGAAAUCACUGUUAGUUUGAGUCGUUUAUAACAUGCAUUUGAAAAAGCAACACUCGUCAAACAUAAUCAGCAUACUUAUUCUUUAUUAUCAUGAAAAUACAUGAAAAGGUUAAAAGAACAGCAAUAUAAUAUAUCCUUAAGCCAUUUCCUGAGCUGCGUGAUAGACGUUACCUCCAUCGUCCAAUCCCACAAUUCUAUGCGUAUGCGCGCAUGGGGAAUGUGAUUGGUCGAGCCUGGUCGAGUUCGAAAAAAUAAAAUGGCGGCCAAGAAAGCGACUGGAGCACAAAUUUAGCGUAAAUAUAAAUAUAUAUUUUCACUUUUUACACAAUUUAAUUGCAUUUCUAGUGAGAAAUUAGUUUUUUAGUUUUCAAAUAUGUGAUUAGUUAUCACAAAGGCGCUCUCUGUUUAUAUUUCAAACACGCUGCCUAUGAAGUGUCUUCAAAAGUGUUUCUCUGAGCUGCCUUCAUGCCUCUGAAGUCAUUUCCUCAUGAGGCAGCGAGGCAACAUAUCAGCUGCCUAAGUUUUCAGACGCAGACGAAGUGGGGGGGUGGGGUCUGUCUAUAUAAACAUCCCUCGUUCACUUGACAACAGUGUUUAGGGAAGUUCCAAAGUGCGUGUCUAAACUGAAGUGAAACGCAGCCCCGGUUGUUACAGAGGGGAAGAGAGUCAAACUUUACUGAGGCAAUCACAUUGAAGGAUGACUGUGAGGAUGCCCAUCAACGCAAAUCCAAAAAGCAAAUGGCCCACAUUGGGUCACAUCCUGGGUAAACUCAGUCCAGCGGGUUCAAUACCUCAGGACGUCAAACGUACAAUGUUGUACCUCUUAACAGCACUAGCGAUUCUGCAGAUUAUAGUGGGAAUCCUCAACAUCACAACAGGGAUUUUGUUUGCAAACUGGGGGACACAUGAUUACAUUAUGAUGUUUUAUGGUCCCUUUUGGCUUGGUGCUGUGUUCCUCAUUAUGACUCUUCUUGUAGGCUGCUGUAGGAGUGUUGUUUUGGAUAUUUUAUCUUUGUUCCUAAACCAAGUCAGUGCUUAUGUGGCUGUAAAGCGUAUUGCAUUGUAUUCAUGGGAUUUGGUGAGCGUGAACUAUUAUUCAGCCAAUGAUUAUUCAGCAACACUCAUCCAAGAACAGAUGAAGGGAGCUGAUGCCUUUCUGUACUUUGAGGAUUCAAAUAUGAUGUUUCGAAGGACCCUAGAUGUCAUGAUGAUAGCUUUGGCUGUUCUUCAGUACUGCUUAAGCAUCUAUUUUAUUCUCAAAGUAGUGAGAGUACUUGCCGAGAAGAAUGGACAAUUGGACAAACAGACCCAGUUCCGGUAGAUGUGAAAGUCGGCACACCUCUGAUCUACUGGUCGUCCUUCAACGUGAUGCCCAGCUGAUGCCUGACCAACGAUCACCCGCUUAAUCUCCGCUUAAUCUCCUUAUCCGUUUAUAUGUGUGUAUAUACAUAUAUAUCUCCCAAGGGUUUUUCCCUCCUAGGACUUUUUUUUUAUUUCCUCGGCUAAACAGCCCGGGGGUUUUUUUCUCCUAGGGGUUUUUUUUUACCCCGGGGAGGCAGCCUUCUUGGGCUUAACUUAGCUUCCUCUUCUAGACGUUACAUUAGUAAUACGCUCGCUUAUAAUGUCGAGUCAUAGCCGCAGCAAAUUUGACUGCUUAUGCUAUCGUGUAUUAUGUUGUGCUAUCUGUCGUUUUUCUGUGCUUUUACUGCUUCUAUUAAUGUAAAGCUGCUUUGAAACAAUUAAGUAUUGUGAAAAGCGCUAUAUAAAUAAAAUUGAAUUGAAUUGAAUUGAAUUAUAGUACACGGAUCUGGUAGCUGUGUUGAAAAAGUUGUUAAAGUUAACUUUUUAAAAAAACUUUCUCUGUUUUGCUUCACUGCUGAUUCUUGCCAUAUUUCCGUUGCCAAUAUGCACGCGCAUACACUGUAAAAAGUCAUUCUGCAGGCUUGUAGAUUUUAUGAAAUUGAAUAUGUAAACUUUAUUUAAUAAAAUUAAUUUCAUGUA